CACAAACUCUGACUCAUACACACACACACACUCACUCACACUGACACAAACACCCUCGCUCUCCCCAGUGACUUUGCAGGACAGGGCUGUGUGUGUGUAUGUGUGUGUGUGUGUGUGACCUCAGCCAGCCUGAGCUGGAUGUAUGGGACAGCCAGCCAGCCGGACUACAUGCUGGGGAUGGUGCUGGGUUGAGUGGAGCAGCUGCUGCUUGCCAUUAAGAGAACUUGUGCUGGACUUGUGCUGAAGACGGGCAGAGGAGUGUCCUGUGGUGGGACAGUCCAGCCAGCCGGCCACGCAGGAAGAUAAUCCGAGACCCCGCCGUGUUUACUGUAAGCUGCACGGCCCUCCCGUCCCCUCCACUCGCUUGCACUCCGCAAAGCCGGCAGCAGCAUGAGGAUGAAGGAGCUGUCUCUACGGCAGGACCCAGACUUGAGGAAGGAACUGGCUUUGCUGGCCCGUGGCUGUGACUUCGUCCUGCCUUCACGCUUCAAGAAGAGACUGAAAGCUUUCCAGCAAGGACAGGCUCAGGUUAAGAAAGAGGAGGCCGUUACGCCAGCGCUAAGCGAAAGCAUUCCAAAGUUCUACUUCCCUCGAGGACAGCCCAAAGCCAACACCAACAUUGACAAUCUCAUUUCCAAGAUAGAGAAAAUAUUUUCUCAAUUCCCCAAUGAAAGAGUGACUAUUGAGGACAUGGGGAAGGUUGCCAAGGCCUGUGAGUGUCCUCUCUAUUGGAAAGCACCAUUGUUCUACGCUGCUGGGGGAGACAGAAGGGGAUAUGUGUCCGUGCACAAGUUUGUGGCAAUGUGGAGAAAAGUGCUGCAGACCUGUCACGAUGACGCAGCCAAAUUUCUUCACCUUCUGGCCAAGCCUGGCUGCCCUUACUUGGAGCAAGAGGACUUUAUUCCAUUCCUGCAGGAUGUGGUGGACACACACAAAGGCCUUGCUUAUCUAAAGGAGGCAUCAGACUUUCACAUUCGCUACAUUACAACGGUAAUACAGAGAAUAUUUUAUAAUGUAAAUCGGUCGUGGACUGGAAAAAUAACAUGUUCAGAACUCAGGAAAAGCACUUUUCUUCAGAAUGUGGCACUUCUGGAGGAGGAAGAUGAUGUGAGCCAGCUGACUGAGUACUUCUCAUAUGAACACUUCUAUGUCAUCUACUGUAAAUUCUGGGAGCUGGACACUGACCAUGAUCUCUAUAUUGAUCAGAGGGAUUUGGCAAGGCACAACGAUCAAGCUAUCUCUCUCAGAAUGAUCGAAAGAAUAUUCUCAGGAACUGUAACAAGAGACAGGAAAGUCCGUAAAGAGGGCAGGUUAAGUUACGCCGACUUUGUGUGGUUCCUGAUCUCGGAGGAAGAUAAGAAGACUGAGACCAGCAUAGAAUACUGGUUCCGGUGUAUGGAUUUGGAUGGCGAUGGAGUCCUGUCCAUGUAUGAGCUGCAGCACUUUUAUCAGGAACAGUGUCAGAAGCUGGAGACCAUGGCCAUUGAACCACUCCCCUUUGAGGACUGCCUGUGCCAAAUGCUGGACUUGGUGAGACCAGAAAUCCCAGGAAAGAUCACCCUCCGGGACUUGAAGAGAUGCAAGCUGGCUCAUAUAUUCUUUGACACUUUCUUCAACAUUGAGAAAUACCUGGAUCGUGAACAGAGGGACCCCUUCCUUGUAGCAAAGGACGCCGAGACUUUGGGGCAGGAGAUUUCAGACUGGGAGAGAUAUGCUGCAGAGGAGUACGAUAUUUUGGUGGCUGAGGAUACCGCCAACGAGCAGUACAAUGAUGGCUAUGAACAGCUGGACCCAAUUGACGACCACCCCAUGUCCAGCGAGUUUGACCUGUGCAGUGCGAAGAGGCACCUGUUUGAGAUUCCCAGUCCUCACUGUAACCUGGACCUGGAUGAGUAUGAGUAUGUGGACGAUUUUGAAUGACUGCCACUGUAGCACUACACAGAUAAAAACCGUCCAGAGGAGAAAAAUCAUCUGGCAGAGCACAGCAACACGGGCCGCACUAAAACCCACGCCAGUAGCCACUCUUUAUACUGGAUGUCUGGAGAGCCAACUGCAGAAGAUCUGGAGCUGAAGCCUGUGCUCCAACUGGCCAAGAGUGUGUCCCAGGUUUUUAUUUAUGUGACAGGAUGAAUCAAUAUCCUGGUGAAUCACACAGGAUAUCGGAAAAGGUUGUGCUAGUCCGGCAUAUCAGCAGAGUAGAAUCACCUAGAUGAAGUCCAAUGCCAACAGCUACAGUGGCAUGCAUAAAUUUGGGCCCCCCUGGUCAUAAUUUCUGUUGGUGUUGGCGUCCUUAAGGUAGAGAUGUACUUGCUGCUUUUUGGCUACACAUUCGUGCAUAAGACCCAUGUGCCCGUGUUACACAUUACUGGAAGCUUUCACGAGAGGGCAGUUCAGGUGUCUGAUGACGGCUGGACGGAACACCCAUCCGCUUAUCCAUCCCCUCUUCCUUUCUUGUGCAUUUCUUGCCGCUUGCAGAUGUAGCAGUCACAGAAUUGGCAGUUUCUACGUUUCCAAAUCGACUUUUCAAGCGAUAAUAAUUUCUCGCCAGCUAUUCUAACUAGCAUAUUUGUCGCUGUGCAGCAGUAAAAACACAGUAAAGCUGCUCCUGAAACCUUUCCAUCUUUCCGUUUGAUGCUGUUGAGUGCUGCACUGCCCCUAGUGGUUUUGUGUGUACUGCACCUCGCAUAUGUGUUGGAAGUGCACAACCAAUGCUCCAAUCAAACACAGGAUAAACGAGGCAGCCAUCACACAAAGGCAUAGUUAUUUAUUUUCAAGCUGCUGCUGAUGCAGCAUUGCCAAGCAGCCAGCGCGCUCGGAGGAAAGCGCAGCGACUCGGUUCUGAUACAUCAGCUCACAGACGCCCUAUGCUGCAGACAUCACCUUAGGACUGAUGUGGGGAGAGAGCGCCAUCUACCCACCUGGAGGGAGCAGGGCCAAUUUUGCUCCCUCUGAGCACAAAUGCAUAGUUAACAGCAAGUAUAUCUCUACAUUUAAUGCUCCAUAAAGGCUUCAUAAAGUUAAUGAUUAAGCAUUGUUUUCAAUAGUGUAAAUGGGAAAUGGAUUUUCACUCUUGAGUGGUAGUGGUGUACUGUUCUACUAUGCAGCUACACCUUCACUAAUAUAUACAACCAUCAUGUGAAAGAGUCAUCAAGGGAAGAAAACCUAUCCUACAUCCUCUCUUCAAUAUUCAGCCUUCAGGAUUUCAUUGAGUGUUACAGAGAACAUCUUUGAAAAAUAUUUAUUUCUUUUGGAAAUCCAUCAACUCAUAAUUUACUCAUCUAGCUAUUCAAAGUAACAGAUAUUUUGACCUGGGGCCACCAAAUGUUGUGUCUAUGCAUGGCCAGUGCUGUGUAUAAGAACCCGGCCUGUCAUGCAGCUGCACAGCAACCCAAAGCCACUCAAGGCCACUGCGGUACACUUUGAAAUACUGAAUGUGCACUAAGCAUCUAACAUUUUGCAACUUUUAGAAUUGGCUAAUAUAACAUUCCAGAGAUUAACCAAAGUGUUGUUCAGACUUUAGCUUGAUUUCAUGGACCGUGUAUUUAUAACCAAGCUGCAUCUAGGUGCCUAAAAUGCCUCAUACCCUUAUAAAGGGCCUUGUAGGGACAUCCCUGUUUUAGAAGUCCAAAAAUCUAAUUGUCAGCCUCUAUUUUUUUUUUGUUCUUUUUCACAGAUGUGGAAGAAGCUAUUUUAAAUUAUAGACAGUAUUUAUAAAUAGUUGUACAUAUUUUGGUGUUUGCUGUGUUGUCAGUGUUUAGGUUUCUUCAGUUUACUGUUUUAGUUAUGUUCAUGUUUUUUGGGCUUUUUUUUGUUUGAUUUGUCUUUCUAUUAAAGUACUGUAAAUCCAGUACUUUGUAAAAAUGGAAAAAUUAACCCUUUUUAUUUAUGAGUUCAAAUAAAGUAUUACAGACGUUCAUUCAUUCAUUAAAUUGUUCAUUCUGCCUUUCGAAGCAUCAUACAUUUGCAUAAUGGUUGCAUUUAUUAUUAAAGUCAUAGUUUAAUGGAAAAAAAAGAAACAGUAUUUUACAAACCGGUACAUAGAAACAUGGAUAUCUGUUGGAACAGCUGCCACAGACCCAAUACACAGAUGCUGGUUGGCAAUAACAGUCAAGUAUGAUGAUGUACAGUUCACACAUUCAUUCAUCCAAACUUCAAUACGUAUUCAAUAACAUGACCGAUCUUAGAGCAGGCGUCUCUCGAGCCACAAUCCUAAAACUGGAUUUUAUUAUUUAAUUGGAAUGGUUGAAUGGUUAUGACUGUAUUGGUACGUUUUGUUAAUGAAGGCAGGGCCACCAGUUUGCACAGACUGAUUAAAAGGUUCUCUUAGUAGAAAUGCAGUAUACUCUGGUUAGAGUGUACUAUACUGUAGUUUAAACAAUUUCACAAGUACAGUAU